UCGACCGCAUAGUGAAAGGUUAUGGAGAUGUAAAUACAUCAACCCUAGUUGUCAAGCUGUGAUAGGGGACAAACUGAUGUCUAUAAUGGUUCAGUCAAGACAAGACUUUGUGACGUAACAAACCACCUAACAGGCUAUAUACCUGAAACACCUAUAUGUUGCAUUUUACUACACCUAUUAAUCACCUGUACAAUGGAAAUAACAUACUCAGAAGACUUCUUAGUCAGGGGCCCUGCUGGCUCACCACAUACUGCUGGAGGUUCUUAUAAACGCUCUCGGACAGCUAGUCCUUCUAUGCCUCGGUCUUCUUAUCCUUAUCCUCAAGAACCUAACACUAGGUAUGGAAUUCCUCCAUCAUCGGGAUAUACCAUUUACCGAGAACCCUAUCCGGGAAGUCACCACCAGGAUUAUCGUGAGUUACGCGACCCUGACUAUCUGCAGGUUAAAAGACGGAUAACAUUAAUACCUGACUACCAUCAGGAAAAGGAAAGAAAUUCCGAAAUCUACGAGUCUAACCAAGAAAAUGCUCAAAUGAUCCAUUUUUCAAACAUUGAACCUACUCACAUAUCUAAUAAGAGACCUCGGCUAGGAGACUUUCGUCCUGACUUGACCCAGCCUCUUAAAAUUGAUACAACUGGUGAAGGAGAGGUUAAAAAGGAGCCUGCUUAUAAUCCUCAAGUUGAAGCCAUAUCUCCUACGUUACCAAACGAUGAAAGUGCUAACCGUGCUUCGAAAGAUUUUCUUCUGCAAGCUAUCAGCAGAGUGGACAGGGAGAUUUUAAAAGUGGAACAGGAUAUUCUUAAAUUGAAGAAGAGUCAGCAUAAAGCAGAUGAUGCUCACAGUGCUCUAACUAAGCUUGGACCAAAAAUUGAUAUGAAUCUUCCUUUAUCAUUCCAGCCUUUGUACAACCAACCUUCUGAUACAAGCAUGUAUCAUGGGAACAAAUUAAAAUACCAAAUGUUCAAGAAACGGUUAAUCGUACACUUUAAGCUGCGUUUCAAAGAACGCAAGCAGCGAGAACGAUAUCUAACUGACCGUUAUGACCAACUAAUGCAAGCCUGGCUCAAGAAAAUAGAACGUCUGGAAAAUAAUGCGAAACGAAAAUCCAGAGAUUGUAAGAUGCGAGAAUUCUAUGAAAAGGUAUUUCCUGAAAUUAAAAAGGCUCGUGAAGAUAAAGAAAGGUUUGCAAGGUUAAACCAGAGCUGUGGGCAGGUGAAAACCCAACCUGACACUUUACACAGUAGGGUUAGUUCGAGAAGCAGCAUAGGGGGAUACGCCCGCAGUGAAGCUGAAUUGGAACAAAUCAUGGAUGGACUUCAUGAGCAAGAAGAGGAAGACAAGAAAAUGCGGAGCUAUGCUGUGGUGCCACCCAUGAUGCUGGAUGCUCGAUCACGGAGUUUAAAGUUUAUUAAUAACAACGGCUUGAUUGAAGAUCCUAUGGCUGAAUUUAAAGAAAGGCAGCAUUUAAAUAUUUGGACUCAACCAGAAAAAAUGAUUUUCAAAGAAAAAUACCUCCAACAUCCCAAAAAUUUCUGUUUAAUUGCUUCAUUUUUAGAAAGAAAGACUGUUGCUGAUUGUAUAUUGCAUUAUUACUUAACGAAAAAGAAUGAAAAUUUUAAACAGUUAUUACGAAAGCAAGGUGUAAAGAAAAGAAGAGCUUUCCCUAAACCGCAGCCAUCUGUGAGUAGACCCUUAGAUGGUGUCAAAGAGGAGACCCCAUCGAAAGAGGAAUCUGAUGAUAAUGCCAAUAACUCCAACAACAGCAGCAGCAGCAGCAGCAGUAGCAGCAGCACCACCACCACCACAACCUCCUCAACUGCCACAACUACAACCACUGCCACCUCAACAGCUAGUUCAGCUACUACAACUAAUAACAGUGUUAAAAAGGAACCUGAUAAGGAAAGUGAAGAACUCUCCGAAAUUACAGACAUUACAACAGUUUCUGGAUCAACAGAUUCUGAUGCUGGUGGAGGCGUACAUCAAUGCGCAUUGUGUAAAGUUCAACUGGAGAAUUUCAGCAUGAGUCGUCCAAUCUCUUUGACCGAUUGUUCAAUGUAUUCUCUUACUGAAGCAGAGGUGAAGCCUGAUAUGCGAGUUUGUAAUUCAUGUCGUGCCCGCUCUGUUAAACAGUCGCGCUGUGUGCAGUGUCCUGUGCCUACUUGUAAAAUUCCAAAACGGAAAGUAAAACGUCUUUGGCCCCUCUCUGUGAAGUGGUCAGAAAUAGCCACUGAAAUCAAAGAACCAAUACUAAUGGAGAUGCAAAUCUCUGAAGAUAUUUCCCGCUGCUGUUCUGCUUGUUUUAAUAGAAUUGCUCGACAACUCGGUACAAACCCUCAAACCAAUGAGCCAUUAGUUCCUUUAGUACCUGAAAAUAAUGAUGCGAGCCACGUGGUGUCUCUUGAUAUGUUUUCAGAUGGUGUUGAAACGUCAAGAUGGACAGAAGAAGAAAUGGAAGUUGCCAAACAAGGUCUAAGAGAACAUGGUAGAGAUUGGGUUGCUAUUGCCAACCAAGUUGGAACGAAAACGGAGGCCCAGUGUAAGAAUUUCUAUUUCAACUAUAAGCGGAAAUUGAAAUUGGAACUCAUCUUGCAAGAACACCAUAAAGAAAAGCAGUCAGGUAGUACAAGGACGAGAACAACUUCAUUCGCUUCCACAGCAACGCAUUCAGAGGAGGAGGAUGUCUCAACUAGUGGUGAAGAAAACCCUGACGAUGAUUCUGAUACAGCCAGUGCCCCCAGCCCCGCUCCCAUACCACAGCCUCAAGAUCCUGCUCUGAUGAAGCAUCCGGCCGAACAAAAAGACGAAAAGCUUACAGAAGCUGAGAAUCAAGAUAGGACACCUUGUCCUGAUAAUGCAGAAUUGCAACCAGUUCUGGGACAAGACAAUAAUUUAACGAGCAACAAGCCAUUAAGUGAUUCUCAAAGCAGUCUCCGUAGCAUUGCUGAUAACGACAGCAGUGCUACAAUGAGUGCUGACGAAAGUUCACACCAGGAUCCUGGUGCUCUUCCUAUUUCUACUCCAGCAGCUUCCAUUUCAAGGACUGAUACCCCGACGUUGAUCACCGAACGACCAAUGUCGAGUAAUAUGGUACCAGCUUCCAUUAGUUACAGCUUACCUGUGGUACAACAUCAAGAGCAAACCCUGUUGAAGGAGCCACGCCCUGCAUCAGAAGGAGUCGAUUUGUCGCACAGUCGCGGAUUCUCUCCGUUUCGCUUCUCGUCACAACAGUCACCUCACCGACCUGCAAGCGCUGUGUCCGAACCGGGGCGGUCGGUCAGCUCGCCUCGCCCAAAAUCGGCCGGGCCAGCAUCUGUGGAGAAAAUAUUUUCCGGCAGCAGCGGUUACAUAAGCAUACACCCAGAUCAGGAGCAGUUGGUGUUUCGUGAGAGUGGCAAUGUUGGGGUUACGAAUAGUAACCUUCCUGCCAAUUGCAACCAGCAGGACACAAAGAAGCAAAAACCAGCCUGUGUGAGGGAUCUCAUUCACUCAGCUAUUGAACGGAACUUAAGCCGUGGAGAGAAUAGUGGUGAUACAAUAAAUAAACCCAUUAUGUCUGAAAACACUGUGUUGUCCAGGAAAUCGAUGCUCUCUGGACUCGUCCACAACAUGCCUCAGGACUUGCGUAAAGAACGGCGGCCGGAGCAGGCAUCACCAUAUAUGUUUCCAGACAUAGCAGCGUACAGAGGAAUUACUGCACGGGAAAUGCAUGAUCCGAGAGAGAUACGUGAUUUCGAAGUGCAAGACUUGUCAAGGCGUCCUAUUGAUUACCAUGACAAAACGCAAAAGGCUUACAAAGGAGACCCUCGUGAUUUUCAAAGGUCUAUAGACUCUCACUUAAGGCCUGAAGAAUCUCAAAGAAAAAAUAUGGGUCUGCCUCCUCCUGCCCAUUCUCAUCAUCUCACUUCAUCUAGCCUCCAUCAGUCACAAGCAGAUGAACCUAUGCAACUUAAGUCUCAUAAAACCAUCGUCCCUCGGGUCAAAUCACCCUCAAUAUAUCACUCUGAGCCUGCACAAACAAUAUCACCAAUCAUCAGAGCUGUGCCACCCACUUCAAAUUCUCCCUACAAUUCACAUCUUGCUCCCAUGGAGUUUCAAAACAGGAACCAAAUGGGGGCCCGUAUACCACCACCACCACCAUUGAUUAAUUCCAAAAUGUCCCCCAAGCUCCCUAAAUCCCCUCCUGUUAGUUCACAUCUCGUUCCACCUCCCACUGGAUCCAUCACCCACGGGACCCCUGUUAGUCAUCCUGUAACAUCCACCUCGGGUGGCAAUCAUCCCAAUAAUUCAGGUAUACCAUCCCAUCGAAUUGACAUCAGUCACCGGCAGCAGACUCCUCCCCAGGGAUCUAUAACAAGGGGAACUCCACGGAACAGAGAACCUGGGACUGGGAGGGGUACCCCUGUUGGUCAUGAAGCUAGUAUAACCAGAGUUUCUCCAGUGAUAGAUCCCAUGUUGGGCCGGGGAAAUAUCGUGUACGAUUCAGGGAUUAGACGGGUUGUGUAUGAAAAAAUAUCAGAACCUUUUUAUAGCUACCAAGAUUUACUCUCCCCUAUUCGUACUUCCAGGCAAACGAUAAUGAGUGACUUUGUUACUGCUCAACACAUGCCCAGAAGGGGUGCGACUCCUUCAGACAAAGAUGAACGACAAUCUCCCAGAUCCCUGCCAAAUGCUUCAAAGACCUAUAGUUCAAUUACUGAAAGCCAAAGAAUGCCAUCACCUGCAAUACCACCAUAUCUUUCACAGUCAUCGGGUAUCAUCUAUGUACCACAUCAAUCAGGUAUGAAUAUUUCAGUUGCUGAGAGACUCAACCGAAAUUCUCCUCUUCCAUCCCAAAGUACGCCGUCUCCAAGGGAUGACAAAGGUAUUUCUCCUGUACCAACUCCUUGGUCUAAUAAUCCAGCUAAAAUUCCUCUCCUUGGCUCAGCAGCAAAUGUUGCAAUGGAACAAUCACGUUAUCCACCGUCCCCUCCUUCACGGCCCAGUAUCGUUAAAGGUACUGGGUGGCAAAGACCAGACAACGGAGGGCAUUUGCCUGACAGUACAACAAUGCCACCCAGCAAGGCAGCAUCACCAAGACAUGAAGGGCAUGUCACAAUCACCUACCCUCAAUCUCUUAACACUCAGACACAUGUUAUUCCCCCCGAGCCACAGCAUCGAGAAACCCCUAUAAAAAUAAUCGAUCCCGAGAUCCCUAAGGAAAGGGACAAAGAAUGGGACAGAGAAUCUCAAGACCGUUUUGAUGUGAAAGAGUAUGAUAAACAUGAGAUGGAGCCGAGGCCAGCUCGUGACUUCCAUAAUCGGCAGAUGAUGGUAAACAAAGCUGAACUCGAAAGUAACAUAGCAGCCCAACCCCCUUGUCAUGACAGACCUGGAUAUUCCACACCUUCCCGACACGGAACACCGUCCGGUGUCCGGGAGACCGAUCCAAACCGACCCAUACACAUCGAUGUAGAUCGACAGCCAGAUUCAUCCAAGACUCCUGACGCUCAGGACAUUCAGCGGUUUCGAAGCAGCGACACAGAAAUGACGCCACGGCCCCACCGGUCACCAGGUACUGGAGACACAUCGUCUAAUUUAUUAAAAGCUCUGAAAAAUAAUGACAACAUUCCUUCGUCCAAUUUUGACUCCGAUGCUGGUGCUGGUUCCAACGACGACAGCUCGCAGUCGCGGACGGUCACAGCCGCUUAUCUGAUUGAUGCGAUCAUCAUCAACCAAAUCCAUCGUGGCAACGAGGAAUUAGAUUCCAAGUCGGGGGAAGAAGUUAAGGGCAUGGUCAGCAGAGUGCCGGAACCGUGGCAGUCCGAGGGCCGGCAACCACCCCCGAGGGAGACCACUUCGCCGACCGUUAUACAUCUCGACCAGGCGGCAUCGCCGACGUUUACCAAACGUAAAGGCUAUAGCAAAUACCAACAAGAGAAGGAAGAUUCCGCUGAGAAACCGUAUUACACGUCUCCCCGUGAAUCGCCCGGACCACAAAUGGGAUCUAACCACGGGCCAAAUGGAGGAACUCAAACCAGUGGAGCUGGUAAUAGUAAUAACAGUAAUAAUAAUAACAAUAAUAACAGUAAUAACAAUAAUAAUAAUAAUAACAAUAACAGUAAUAAUAACAGUAAUAACAAUAAUAACCCGGGUAGUAGUAACACCAGCACCAGCAGUGGUUCCCAUACUCCCCAGCCUCACCCACACCCUUCACAAGCAACUGGUAAUGGUAGUAGUGGUGGUGGUAGUGGUGGCGGUGGUAGCAGUAAUAACAGUAGUGGUGGUGGUGGUGGUGGUGGAGGAGGAGGAGGCGGCGGAGGUGGUGGUGGUGAAAAAACUGAUAAAGAGCGACCUCCCUCCGGAUCAGGGGGGAGCUCUUCGAAAUCUCCUGGCCCGCCCGGCUCUAACAAAGCCAUCACGCUCGGCGAGCAUAUAGACGCCAUCAUCACACAGGACUACAGUAACCGUAGACUGGUCUAUUCUAUCCCGACUAAAGGUGGGCUUUUGAGCCAAAUCAACGGUACUAGCAGCAAGUCUCCAUUCUCUAUCCACACUUCUGUGGCCCAGGUUGGCACACUGGCCAAUGUGAUCAACAGCGAGUAUGGCUUACCUUCACCAAUGAAGUCGCCAACCAACCAAUCAAAUGUCGUCGUGUCCCAAGCUUCUGAUGCCGCCUACCAACAGGGUGGACCUGAAGUGAUGCGGCUACACACGAACUAUAGUACAGGAGUACACCAACAGACGGCCCCUGUUGGCUAUAAUUGGAAACUGAAGCGAAUGCACCAACAUCAGGAAGCAGAACAACAACAGCAGCAGCAGCAGCAGCAACAACAGCAUCAGCAGCAGCAGCAACAACAGCAUCAGCAGCAGCAGCAACAGCAACAACAGCAUCAGCAGCAGCAGGCAGCCUCUUCUAUGAGUGGAACGCAGCAAGUUGAGAAUGUUGGUCAAAUCCAACGCUUGCUUCAUUCAAAUGCUAAUCCUGAAGAAUAUGAAAUCGUACAGGGUGUCAGUUGGAUCCGACCAGACCAUUCACCCCAGAACCGGACGCAGCAUGUUGGUGGAAUCAAAGUCGAACCAAUAUCGCCACCAGGGCCUUCAGUAUCUGAAAGCAAUGAGGCUAUGUCAUCCAAAAUCUCCCCAUCACGUUCUCCUCGGGCACGGCCAACGCCAGUAGUUGCCCAUCAUCAACAUAUUUCAAGUCUUCUCUCUAGGCCUAAAAUUGAUGAUUAAAUAACUAAGUUAGUGCGCUGCCUUCACUGUCAAACCGGCUAUUGAUGAUUGGGGUCCCUCUUAGUCUUAACAGGCUCCUCAACCCCGCCCGCAUAGCCUGUAACAAGCCAAAAACUAACCAUUUCCCCCAUGAACAACCAGCAGAAAGAGAGGGGUCACUGAAGACUUUCACAGUUCACCGACAGUUGUUACUGUGCCACAGACUCCACCUUCUUUUAUUGGAUAGCAUCUCAGAACGUUGAUUUGCGAUUUGCUAACCUCAGUACAGGCUACCAAGCUGACAGUAGUGGUCUGGCCUUUGUACUCUACUCAUCACCACCACCACCACCACCACCACCAUCCCACUCUGAACUCCUUGCAGUUAACUGUAGUGGGGGGGGGGGCAAUAGAGCAGUCAGCUUGCCCUUUGUU